CGACGCUGUCUCACUGACACACACUCUCCCACAACACAGAACAUGACCGUCGAAGCGCUCCAGAACAUUGUCGUCAUCGGCGCGUCCGGCGCCGGCCACAGCCUCGUCAACGAGCUUGCCGGGAAGCUGCCGGAGACGCACCGCAUCCUCCUCAUCGAGCGCAACGAGUUCGUCGUCCACAUGCCGACGAUUGUCCGUGCCGCCGUCGUCCCAGGCUGGGAGGACAAGAACCUCCUCGCGCGUAUCACGCAGGACACAAUCUUCCCCGCGGGCUCGCGCCACCGCGUGCUGACGAACACGGUGACGGCGCUCUCGCCGUCCUCGCGCACGCUCACGCUCGCGCACCCCUUCGAAGGCUCGACCGAGCUGAGCUACGACCGCGUAGUCGUCGCCACGGGUGCGGCGCAGGCGCUGCCUAUGCGCCCCGCCCCCGGCUCCUCGCUGGACGAGUACAAGGCCGUGCUGCGGCGCAUGCAGGCCGACAUCAAAGCCGCGACAUCGGUGCUCAUCGUCGGCGGGGGCACGGUCGGCGUCGAAGUCGCGGGCGAGAUCACGGCCGCUUACCCCGGGAAAAAGGUGACGAUCGUGCAUGGCGAACCGGCGCUCCUGCACGCCGGCGAGCGGCGCAAGGAGCAGCCCGACCCGAAAGAAUACGUCGCCCCGCCGACGGCGCCGCGCCUCAGCGCCAGCCUCGAGGACCAGCUGAAGAAGCGCGGCGUCGAGCUCGUGUACGAGGACCGCGUCGACGCCGGUGCGGACGGCAAGGAGCUGCACACCGGCCCGCUGGGCCAGCUCACGCGCCUGCCCCUCGCGUCCGGCGGCUCCGUCGAGGCCGACUACGUGUUCCUCUCGAUCGGGAACGCGCCGAACUCGUCCCUCGUCGCCGACGUCGACCCUAGCGCCGUCACGCGCUCGGGCCACAUCGCCGUCGACGCCCACUUCCACAUCCUCUCGUCCAAGCUCGAGAACGCGUACGCGCUCGGCGACGUCGCGAGCGUGCCGGGGUGGAAGACACUCGUGAACGCCAUCGCCGAGGGCCCGGCCCUCGCCAAAAUCAUCGACGCCGAGAUCCGCGGCAAAACGCCUGCAGCAUACUCGGUCCCAGCCAGCAGCUAUAGCUCGCUCGUCACGCUGGGGCCCGGCGGCGGCGCGGGCGUCAUCGCCCUCCCCUUCAUCGGCGAGGUGGGCGCACCAGGCUUCGUGUCGUCGAUGAAGAACGCAGACUUCUUCGCCAGCAGGGCUUUCUACUCGCGCUUCCGCGGCGCCGAGUCGGUGCCCACUACCCUCUAGGCAGUCGGCCGAACCCACCUGUUAUCGCCUCCCGCUUGUCUCGUCUCUAGAUUUCCUUUCUUCCCGUAAUUGGUGUGAUAUCACACCCGGAAAUGCCAGUUGUCAUUUGUUUGUG